GUGCUCUAAUUGGGCCUUUUCCAUGUACUUUCUCAGACAAUCAAAGCCCAUCCCUUCCUUUCCUUUUCUCCCCCUUUAUUUCUUCUCACAGUCCUUCAUCAUUUUGCGUCUCAAGACUUCGAACUCGACAAUCCCUAAUUCCCAAAACUCCCCUCUCGGAUCUCCAACAAGAGUGUGAUUACGAAACGAUGUCGUCUACAAGGGAAGAGAACGUGUACUUAGCCAAGUUAGCGGAGCAAGCCGAGCGUUACGAGGAGAUGGUUGAGUUCAUGGAGAAAGUCGCCAAGACCGUUGACUCCGAGGAGCUCACCGUGGAAGAGAGGAACCUCCUGUCCGUCGCUUACAAGAACGUGAUCGGCGCUAGGAGAGCUUCCUGGAGGAUCAUCUCUUCCAUCGAGCAGAAGGAAGAGAGCAGAGGGAACGAAGACCACGUGUCCAUUAUCAAGGACUACAGAGGGAAGAUCGAGACAGAGCUCAGCAAGAUCUGCGAUGGGAUUUUGAACCUUCUUGAUUCUCACCUUGUCCCCGCUGCGUCUUUGGCUGAGUCUAAAGUGUUUUAUCUUAAGAUGAAGGGAGAUUACCAUAGGUACCUUGCUGAGUUUAAGACUGGUGCUGAGAGGAAGGAUGCUGCUGAGAACACUCUCGUUGCUUACAAGUCUGCUCAGGAUAUUGCCCUUGCUGAUUUACCUCCAACUCAUCCGAUUAGAUUGGGACUUGCUCUUAACUUCUCUGUCUUCUACUAUGAGAUUCUCAACUCACCUGAUCGUGCUUGCAAUCUUGCCAAACAGGCUUUUGAUGAAGCAAUCUCUGAGCUGGACACAUUAGGAGAAGAAUCAUACAAGGACAGCACGCUCAUAAUGCAACUUCUCCGUGACAAUCUGACCCUCUGGACUUCUGACAUCAAUGACGAGGCGGGUGGUGAUGAGAUCAAGGAGGCGUCAAAAGACGAGCCUGAAGAAGGGAAACAAGCUUAAAACCUUGAAAUGACCAAAGCGAGCGAGGGCAUUACUUAUGGGAUUUGGCUGUAGUUUCUUAAAAACAUAUGAUAUGGGGUUUGUUGUUUGUAGAAGCAGAGAGAAGAUCAUCAUUUGAUUUUCUCCUUUGCAAACUCUGAAACUCUGUUUGGUCUUUCUUGUUUGGUUUUUUCUUCUAGUGUUUUUGAGUCUUUGGUUUUACUCCGUCGCUUGUUAUUAUUUUGAUUUCUUAGGAAGCGAAGAAACAAAACUUUCAAUUA